UGACUCCGUCUCCAUAGCGACCGGCCGGCCAUCCCUUUCCCUAAAACGGUGUUGAGGGGUCGCGGCGGCCCGACUCCCCUUUUUCUGUACCCGCCUCUGCGCGGCGUCUCUCGCCCCGGGAGCCAUGACGGGCCGUACGAGCCUUGAGGACCUGCAGCUGACAGGGGAUGAGGUGGAGCGCCUGACCAAGGCCUUCCAGGACGAAGGCUUCCGCAGCCUCUUCGCCGAGUACGCGGCCGAGCUGAACGACCCGGCUCAGCGGGCCAUCUACGAGGCCGAGGUGGCGGCCCUGGAGCGCCAGCGGGGCGUCGAGGCCCGCUUUAUCCACCCGGAGCCCGGCUGGGUGCUGCGGACGAGCCAGGCGGGCACCCGCCGGUGCUACCUCAACGUCUGCAGCAACCCGCAGGUGGGGCGGCCCGAGUCUCGGCCGGAGCCCGGCGGCAGCCGCUGGUCCCUUCCGCACUGCCUGGCGCCGGGUAGGGAGGAGCUGGGUCGUCGCCGCGACGGCCAGCGCGGGCCUCACCGCCUGGUCUACGACGUGGUCUUCCACCCGGAGGCCCUCCGCUUGGCGGCCCGCUCGCCCCGCUUCCGCCGCCUGGUGGACGACACGGCCCUGGAGGCGGUGGAGAAUCACUUCUCGCCCGGCCUGGACCGCGCCAACGCCGUCCCUCUCCGCGGCACCAAGUACAAGGGCGUCCCGCACGCCACGCUGCUCCGGACGCCGCUCCCCGGGGGCGCCCAGGAGCCGCCAGACGGGGGAGAAGGAGACUCCCCGCUUCCCGCUUUCCCCACCCCGUACAGCUACCCGCCGCCCAAGCCGGCGAGCGAAGCGGCCCCCCCCUCGCGACCGCCGCCGCCCGCUGCCGCCACCACGCCGCGCUGGACCCUCCAGCACCGCUCUUACGUAGACCUGCAGGACUAUCGCUACAGCCGAGACUCGGCGCCCAGCCCGGUGCCUCGCGAGCUGGUGGUGACCGUCGAGCUGCCCUUGCUCAGCUCCGCUGCCCAGGCCCAGCUGGAGAUCCGCGAGCAGGAGCUGCAGCUGGACUCGCAGCGCCCCGCCGCCUACCGCCUGCGCCUCCCCUUGCCCUACGCGGUGGACGAGGGCAGCGGCCGGGCCACCUUCAACAAAGCCAGAAAGCAGCUGGUGGUGACGCUGCCCGUCCUGAGGAAGCCCGGCCCGGCAUAUCUCCCCAGCGACGAGGCCUCGCUAGAGAAAGAGGAGGAGGAGCAAGAGGAACCGGCGCCCUCGUCGGAAAGCGGCAGUUCAAAUUCUUGCAAAGUUAUGCAGGAAGACGCUGCCUCGAUCCAGGCUGUGGAGAGCGCGGGCCUUCUCCAGGAUACCGAGCAAGCGUCUCCUGUUACCCACGUGGAGGUAUCGCCGGUGUGUGCCGUAAAAAUAGCUCCGACCACUCCUGCGGCCGUUGCCUCAACGCGUCCGGGUGAUACUUCCGAUGUGCCCCAGUGUCCUGCUAUGAGCAGCCCGGCGCCUCCUGAAGGCCACGUGCGGGCGGGCUCUAACACCUCCGAGCUUCCGCUGUGUGCUGUGGAAAUCGUCCCGGCGGGUCCCUGCGUUGCUAACUGUAGCGCCGCUCCUCCAGUGUGCAAAGAGAAUAGUCCUCCAGAUGUUCCGCCAUGUGCCAACGUUGGCAGUAGUAGUGCCCUGGAUGUAUCUGUUCGGCAUGAAGGUAUCGAUUCGGUGUCCCCUGCUCCUUCCGUGCGUAUUGACACCAAGGUAGAGCUUCCCGAACACUCCAGCACAACCGACCCUGCUACAGGAGUAAGUCAGAUGCUUUCCUGCACCGACAUGGAUCUUAAUAAAGGCCCCGAUUUCACCAGCGCCGUGCCCCCACCAUGCCCCAGCGACACCAUGGCACCAUGUGUGGACCUCUGCGACAGCAUGGAUCACUCUGUGGCAACCGCGUUGUGCCUUGACUGUUCUAAUAUAGAUCAGAGGCCAGAGUUCUCUACAGGAAGGGACCUUACUGUGCCACUUGUGUCCCCCAAUACCAUCAGCCAUGUGGAAGAUUCUGUGCCUGCUCCACCGUGCCCCAGAAACAGAACCUCAGAUUCUCCUCUGUUGUCCACCACAGGCCUCAGCCUUGACACAGAUGCUCUCACAACCUCUGCUAGCUUCCUGGACUCUCCUGUGCGUGCUGCAAGCACAGCUCCCUUGUGCCCUCCUUUUCACUGCACUCAGGAUGACAAGUCCUUGACCCUGCUGUUAGAGGUACCAGGCAUUGUUCCCCAGAGCCUCAUGGGGGAGGUAGGAACAAAUUACUACAGGGUUAGUUUUUCCAGCAGAGACUCUGCUUCUUACAUGUUCCUCUUGCAGUUUCCUCCAGAAAAUAAACUGAGUCCUCCUGAGUUUGAACUUGACGUGUCCCUCAGUAAUGCUGUCAUCUCCCUCACCAAGUCUCCUGAGACCACUGGACUUUGGACAAAGUUGUACUUUGGCUCAAAUGCUGAUUCCUUGCAGGAAAGGUGGUUCGUCACUGAAGACAAUGUGGAUGCAUUUCUGGGCAGCCUUCCGAGCAUGUCUUGUUCCAGCCAGUCCGAGAUGGAACAUCAGCCAUUAAUUGAGGUGUUGGAUGUCUCAGAGGGCAAAAGUCAGAUCAGAUUAAAGGCACAGGAGCAGAACAGCUUUAAACGUGACAAAAUAGAAGGAAGAGUUAAUCCCCAGAGAGAGGAUGGUGGACAAGAAAACGGCAGUGAACUCUCAACAGAUGCAGAAAGCUGCCCCAUGCAAGGUGAAACAGCUUCACACUCGCUGAUAUCCAUGGAAACAAUGGGCCAAGUUGGCGGGGGAUUGGGCCAUUGUUUGGAGCUUGACCCCAGCGACCCCAACUUGGCAAGGCCUGAGAAAGUGCAGAUAAGAGGGUUUCAUGAGUCAGAACUUGCUUUCACAACCAGCAAAAGAGCCACAUCCACAGCACAUGCUGAGCUUCAUUGCGGGGACCCUGCCCAAACCGGAGGGGGAGAGGAUGCACGUUCAGAGUCAGCACAGAACAAUCAUGACCUGGGCAGUAGGCCGGCUCCCCCUGUGUUAAAGGAAACAGACAUGCAGAAUGGAAGUGUGCAGUAUAUUCGCCAUCACACAACGCACUGUGUGGUCACCUUUGAGAAUACUUUGUUGUAUGAACUGGAUUAAUGCAUCCAUGCUAAGCUCUUGGCUCUGCAGCUACCAAAAAAUUGUUUCAUGUUUUGCAUUUCCUCUAAAGAGCACAGGAAAGAAAAGAUGUUGCAGAAAGCCAUCCAUGAGUCGAGGCAUCCCACGUGCUCAUUCACUGCUAUUUUGGAGAUUUCAAAGGUUUAGAGCGGGGUAGCCAACAUGGUGCCCUCCACGCGUUGUUGGACUGUAGUUCCCAUUACCCCCAGCCAGUGGUCAGGAAUAAUGGGAGAUGUCAUCCGGCAUCAUCUGAAGGCACCGUGUUAGCUACCCUUGGUUUAGUGUUCAGUUUGUUGCUGAAUUUCAAAAAGAAACGAGCCAUUAAGUCAAGCAGACUUUACAGUCAAGCACAAAAUUCUGUUCUGGUGAGUAGGUAGAAGAGAUGGGCUGUGGGUAGGCUGCAUCUUCAUCUGUGGAGAUAUGAAGAAGCCUUUUGCGUGGACACAUAACCAUGAUUAAACCAGGAAGUCUCUUAAUCCAUUUCUCAUUUCAUAUUUACUAGGAAACUACAAUUACCAGCUUUAGAAUGAGGCAGGAUCCUAAACCAGGGUUUGAAGUUUGUUUAAAACCCUAGCUUGUUCUGAAGCCCGUAGUUUGUUUCCUGGUUCAGAUUCUGAAAUGGGGAACCAUUGUUAAGAAACUUCUUGCACCACUAAGAAAGGAGCGAAGAGGUUGAAUGCAUGGGCACAAAUGCUGAAUAAUCUCGUCUUAAUAAACUGAGCCAUGCUCCUGAGCAAGGCCUAGUCACGCUUUCAA